CCAAUCAGGUUCGGUUCUGUAAGAGCGCAGACAGGGCCAGAGGUGGAGUGGGCGGGGAUUCGGCUGCUCACGUGACUGCAGCGAAGGCAGGAUGCGGGCCGCCGGCAAGAUGGCGAAGGUCUCGGAGCUAUACGACGUGACCUGGGAAGAGAUGCGGGAUAAAAUGAGGAAGUGGAGGGAAGAGAACUAUCGGAACAGUGAGCAGAUAGUGGAAGUUGGAGAAGAAUUAGUUAAUGAAUAUGCAGCCAAGCUUGGUGAUGACAUCUGGAUAAUAUAUGAACAGGUGAUGAUUGCUGCCUUGGACUGCAGUCGGGAUGACUUGGCACUGUUUUGCCUUCAAGAACUACGACGGCAAUUCCCUGGGAGUCACAGAGUUAAGCGGUUAACUGGCAUGCGAUUUGAAGCCAUGGAGAGGUAUGAUGAUGCGAUCCAACUUUAUGACAGGAUUUUACAAGAAGAUUCUACUAAUACUGCAGCAAGAAAGCGUAAGAUUGCCAUUCGAAAAGCCCAGGGGAAAAAUGCAGAAGCCAUUCGAGAGCUGAAUGAGUAUCUGGAACAGUUUGUUGGGGACCAAGAAGCCUGGCAUGAACUUGCAGAACUUUACAUCAAUGAACAUGACUACGCAAAGGCAGCUUUUUGCUUGGAGGAGCUCAUGAUGACUAACCCACACAACCACUUGUACUGCCAGCAGUUUGCAGAGGUUAAAUAUACCCAAGGAGGGCUCGAGAAUCUUGAGCUCUCAAGAAAAUAUUUUGCACAGGCGUUGAAGCUGAACAACAGAAACAUGAGAGCAUUGUUUGGACUUUACAUGUCUGCCAGCCACAUUGCUUCCAAUUCCAAGGCAAGUGCAAAAAUGAAGAAAGACAAUAUGAAGUAUGCGAGUUGGGCAGCAAACCAAAUAAACAGAGCAUACCAGUUUGCUGGUCGCAGUAAGAAGGAGACCAAGUACUCUCUGAAAGCUGUGGAAGAUAUGUUGGAAGCCCUGCAGAUCACUCAGUCAUAAACCAUAGAAAAACUCCCCAAUGGUAGACUUUUUUUUUAGCUCCAUGUCUAAACUUCAGUCAUCUAAAACUGUUAAUUUGAAAUUCCUGGUUUUGUUAACAGCGGUUUUCAUGUUAGUAAAGGUGACUCUUAAAGAAUGUGUUUUAUAAAGAUGUAACGUGCCUAUUUAUUGCUGCUAUAUUAAAAAGCCACUGAAGCAAAUAAAAAUAAUGAAUUUAUUGAA